AUGAUCAAAAUUGUUUCCCAAUCAUCUAGUAGUAUCAAACUGCUUCGACAACCUCAAACCUGUUCUCUAUUUGAUUCAGUGUUUGUGUGUUUUAUUUCAGAGUUUCAGGAAUCAUUGCUUCCUGAUGAUUCUUCUGAGGGUCCUCCAGUAUCAUCUCACAUCUCUGCCAAUACUGCGUCCACGUCAACAUCCAAAGCUUCACGUAAAAAAGGCUCUGCUCCAACCGACUUUGAGCUCAUGUCUCUCAUGAUGCGGCGAGUGACGGCGCUGGAGAAAACAGUGAGGAGACAAGCUCAGGAGAUAGAGAGCAGGGAUAAAAAGAUUUCAGCGCUUCAGAGGAAACUUAAGAUUCAGAACCAAUCAGGGACUGAACUUGCCGAAGACGAUCUUCACCGAAGGAACCAGCAGCUGCAAAACCAGCUGUUUGAAAUGGAGAACUUUCUGAGUGACUACGGUUUGAUCUGGGUGGGUGAUGCAGAGAAAGAAGGUUCAUCUGAGGAUGAGCAGAUCCUGGAUCCCCCUCAGCGAGGUAACGGGAGCUUCCUGGUGAACUUUGACCUGGUGGUGCAGAGCAUCAGAGAGCUGAACAUCCUGGCAGGGGAGGGAGAGUCGUUUGUGCGAACGACAGCGGGACGAGCGCAGCUGGCCCAGAAGGAGCCCAUUCAGCUGAGUCUCUACAGCAACGGCAUCCUCAUGUUCGACGGUCCUUUCCGCUCUUAUCGGGAUCUCAGUACACAGCAGUGCGUGACAGAUCUGAUGGAUGGGUACUUUCCCUCCGAGCUUCAAGACAGAUUUCCAGACGGUGCGCCCUUUGAGGUCCAUGACAGGCGAGAUGAGGAAUUCAUCCCCACACUCCCAAUGGAACAAUUCCCCGGUGAAGGACAAGCGGUCAGAGGUGAAAAACCUCAAUCAGCAAGCACAGUCAGCUACAAGCUACCUGGUCUGUGGUUAAAUUCCAGAGCGGAUCAGUUCCUGGACAAGCUGCCGAAGGUGGUGGUCAAACGUGGUCGAGUGAUCAAAAUCAGAGAACCGAUAAGAGCAAUGCUGCAGGGUGUAUCUGAUGUCCAGAGCAGCGGCAGCAGCUCGGUAGUUCUCCUACAGACACCAGCCCUGCAGGAAGUGACAGCGAGGUACCACCAGUCACCCCUCAACGACAUCAUCACCCUCAAGGUGCGGUCUGAGGACGGAGACCAAGUCUACAUCGUGAAGAUGCGCUUAUCGGAAACGGUGGGUCACCUGAGGAAGUACCUGGACCAGCACAGAGGACGGGGUUUUCCACCUGCGUACGAUAUCAUCAGUGCCCACCCCCAGCGGCGGUACGACGACGCACACACACUUCAGUCGUACGGACUGACGACAAACACCACUCUGCUGCUGCAAAAGAAGCAGGCGGCCGUUCACUGA